GCGCGUUGCCCUCUUCUCCCCAAACCCUCACCAGUUUCCAGUUCUCCCCCUCCCCACUUCGUCUGCCGCGGCCGGUCGGGUUUUCUGCCCAGUAGCGGUCUCCGCCGUUCCUUGGAAGCACAGCUCCCCUUCCCCACCCCAGUCCCAGUCCCCGGUCCGGCCGCGGACAUAAAGAUGAGCAGCUCUGAGGAGGUGUCCUGGAUUUCCUGGUUCUGUGGGCUCCGUGGUAAUGAAUUCUUCUGUGAGGUGGAUGAAGACUACAUCCAGGACAAAUUUAAUCUUACUGGACUCAAUGAGCAGGUGCCUCACUAUCGACAAGCUCUAGACAUGAUCUUGGACCUGGAACCUGAUGAAGAGCUGGAAGACAACCCCAACCAGAGUGACUUGAUUGAACAGGCAGCUGAGAUGCUUUAUGGAUUGAUCCACGCCCGCUACAUCCUCACCAACCGAGGCAUCGCACAGAUGUUGGAAAAGUACCAGCAGGGAGACUUUGGUUACUGUCCUCGUGUAUACUGUGAAAACCAGCCAAUGCUGCCCAUUGGCCUUUCGGACAUCCCAGGCGAGGCCAUGGUGAAGCUGUACUGCCCCAAGUGCAUGGAUGUGUACACACCCAAGUCCUCCAGGCACCACCACACGGACGGCGCAUACUUUGGCACUGGUUUCCCUCACAUGCUCUUCAUGGUGCAUCCAGAGUACCGGCCCAAGCGACCUGCCAACCAGUUUGUACCCAGGCUCUACGGUUUCAAGAUCCAUCCAAUGGCCUACCAGCUGCAGCUCCAAGCCGCCAGCAACUUCAAGAGCCCAGUCAAGACGAUUCGCUGAUUGCCCACCCACCUCUCCCUCUCUCUGUGACACCACCAUUCCUCCGCUGCCACCCUUUCAGGAAGUCUAUGGUUUUUAGUUUAAAUUAAAGGAAUUGUUACUGUGGUGGGAAUAUGAAAUAAAGGAAGAAAAGGCCGUGA